GAGUAAUUUUGAGAUGAAUGGAAUAUAUAAAGAGAAGUGAGAGUGAAAUUUUCUGACAGUACACUUUCACUUCUUUCCAAAAGCAUUUGAUUGCUUUCAUCGCUGAAAGGAUUGCUUCGUUGAAUUUUUUUGAUUCAUAUAUUUUUCAACCAAAGCUUUAAUCUACAAUGAAGCCUAGGAUUGUGUGCGUUUGUGUCGCUUUCUUGUUCUUGACAGCUCUUCUAAGCCAAGAAGUUCACGCUGGCCAUAAAAAUAUGAAAAAACUACUUGCCGCAGGAUUAAUCGCCAAAGCUCUAAAACCAAGGUUUAUUCCUCUGCCAAUUCCUAUUCCAUUCAAACUAAAAAUUAAAAAAGGAGAAAAAAUUGUUCCUUACCCAGUAAAAUCUUAUGGCGGUGGUGGUGGAUAUGGUGGAGGAAUGGGUGGUGGAUAUGGUAUGGACAUGGGAGGCUAUGGUAUGGACAUGGGUGGAUAUGGAGGAGGCAUGAUGGGAGGUGGAUAUGGAGGAGGAAUGAUGGGAGGUGGAUAUGGAGGCGGCAUGAUGGGAGGUAUGAUGGGUGGUUACGAUUAAUUGCCAAAAUAAAUAGUACAUUCAUCUCCUCUAUAGCUCAGUGUUAUGCCUCAUCAUGAAAAAUUCAUUAUAAAUUCAUCAAAGUGCAAAGACUGUAUAUAAAUAUUCAUAUCAUUGUGAUCCAAUUGUACAUAUGUUUGUAUGGAAUAAAGAUGUUUUAUUUAA